AUUUAUAUUUACUUACAAUUGAGUGUAAAGUCUUGCUUAUGAUUCAAUCUCAUUAAAUUAUUUACUAAAUAUAUACUUUGUGAUAUUCCAAAAAAUUUUUGGAGAUAAUUGAAAAAAAUAUUACUGUUUAAAUCAUCAAAUUUAUUAUGAAUAAUUAAAAGAUAAUUAACAAAAAUUACCCGGCAGUUUAUUCAGAGCAGAGUAAAAUUUAUUUGUCAAAAAAAAAUAAACACAAUAAUGACUCAUAGAGUAUUUUUUUACGAUCAUAUCUGUCGAGACGUAAUAGACAAUCAAAUUUUAAAAAAAAACCUCGACAUCAAUGCCACUGGGAUCUAUCACGGUCGCAAAGACUUUACUCUCCUGCAUGCCGCUGUUGCAAACAGCGACGACAAAUUAGUUAAAUAUGUACUGACUAAAAACAUAAAUAUAAACGCGACGACGAGUUACAACGAAACUGCUCUUCACAUCGCAGCAGAAAGGAAUAAUUUGGAUAUCGUCGAUCAACUGAUUGCCCACGGCGCUGAUAUUUCCGCGGUAGCCAAUUACGGAUUGAAGCAAGACUGGACCCCACUGCACUGCGCAAUUCGUUACAGGAACGAAAAUAUCGUACAGUUUUUGCUGAACAGAGGCGCGAAAUUUAAAGUAAGCGAUUGCGAAUGCGCGCUUCAUUUUUCAGUUAAAUUGGGAAUUUUGAAUAUCAUCGAAUUAUUGUUCAAACAUUACGACGUUCGCUUGCCGUGUAUCUGUCAAGAUCUCAAUGAUCCGUCACUACUUUAUCUCGCUGUCCAGCAUGACCACGAAGAAGUCGUCAAGUUUUUGAUAAAAAAGUACAAUAAUGUCCGCAGGAUGAUAAAAAGUAAUGAAUUAAUUCUUCAUUUAGCCGUCAGGAAUAAUUAUUACCAAGUAGUCAAAGAACUUUUGCACGGAAACGUUGACGUAAAUAUUUCUGACAGCAAGAAAAAUCACACGGCGCUCGAUGUCGUUGAAACGACGGCCAUUUCCAAUAUUUUAAAAAGACAUUUAAUUAAAUUAAAAGUUAUAAAUUAUCACGUAAGUGAAGAUAAUUUUAAAAAAAUUAAAACUUACGGUGAGAAAUUUUCAAAAUAUCGCAAUGAGUGUGAAGAAGAAUUGAAAAUUAUAAAGCGAGAAAAAAUAAAUGACAGUAAUGUGUCAUUUUAUGAUAUUUUGAAUAAAAGUAUUCAUCAGAUCGCAAUAUUUAUGACGAACAAACAAAUAAGAGAGAUAGUUUCUGACACUGAUGAUAUAGAUUCAAAAUACCCGAUUUAUGGACCGAUUAUUGUCUAUCGAUUGCGCGAGGGCUUGAUAAGGAAAAAUUUGAUCGACAAAAUACAAGACUUUAUUUUUAAUACUUUCUCGGAAUUGCCGAAUACUUUUGUGAGAAAUAUUUUUAGUUAUUUAAGUCAUGAUGAUAUAGAAAAAUUGUCUGUAUUGUGUACAGAAAAUUCGAUAAAUUAAUUUUAUAUGUGAUCCUUUUAUGGAAUUAAAUAAAUUAUAAUUUCGAUGUUAAAUAAAAUUAAAUGUUGAUUAAAUUUGGAUGGACGUACACAGAAAAAAAUAAAUUUUGGCGCAAGAAAUAUUUUGCAUUUGGAAUAGAAGACCAAAAUUUUCUUGGGUCUAGAAAAAAUUUAUUGGGACAAUCAAACAUUUUUAGCGCCAAGAAAUUUUUUUUCCGUGUAGAUAAACGUUGACGUCAAUUAACACCGAGGAUAUUUUUAGAAAAUUGUGUUUUGAGAUAUUAAGAGUAUCCCUAAUUAAGAAAAAUGUUUCAGGGAUUGAAAAGUAUUUGACAGUAUUAAAAAAAAUUGAGUAAAGUAAAGGGCCGAGUUUCUGAAACUUUUAAAGUGACAGCUGAGGAUAUUCUAUGAUAACUAAUAUAAAAAAUUAGGGCUGUACAUCUAAACCGGCUUAACCGGUUAAAAAAGUUAACCAGAUUAAUUAGCUGGUUAGCUGGUCAGCUUAGCUAAUUUAACCGGUUAACUUAAUUAGCUUGGCUAAGUAGCCAAAGGCUUAACCGGUUAACUUAAAUUAGCUAGGCUAAUUAGCUGAGGGUUUAACCGGUUAAAUGGUUAAUUUUUUUUUUUCAUCUAUUCGCUACUUUAUCUUAGAAAAUGUAUAGGAAAUAUCAUAUUUCUUUAAUUUUAGACCGAAAAUGCUAUAACAAAAAAAUUAUACAAUUAGUUCAAAAAAAAUUCUCUACAAUUUUUCGAAUUAUUUAAUUAAAAAUAAAUCGCGUUACUAAUGCCAAAAAGGCGUAUCCCAAAAUAUACGCCCUUUUGGUUCUGUAGAACCAAAAAGGCGUAUUAAAAAAUCUUUUUUUUCGGAUAAACUUGGAAAUGUUACAACAAAAUAUAUCUAAAAAAAAACGAAAAUAAAAUUUUUUUUGACAUACGCCCUUUUGGCUUUAAAACAAAAAAAUUUGAAAGCCAAAAGGGCGUAUCAUUUUUGUUCUUUUCAAUUAUUAUUGAUUCUUAGCGAAAAAAAAUGAAGAGAACAGUAAAACAGAUGACUUUACAACUCAAUCAAUUGGAAAAAAUAUUAAAUUAAAUGAAAAAAACAUUUCCAAGUUGAUCAGAAAAAAAAGGUUUUUUUUAAACGCCCUUUUGGUUCUGCAGAGCCAAAAGGGUGUAUAUUAGGGUGGCCCAAAAAAACCGACUAUUUUUGUUUUUCGAGUCUCUUAUGAAAAUUUGUUGGUUUAAGAUGUUUUAUGAGGCCACUCCAAAAAUCAGCUCGAUUAAAAAUUUUCAAGAGGACGCUCACGAAUUUUGAAAAUAUCAAAAAUGAUCGAAAUUCGUAUUUUUUGGUUCUAAAUUUCUUCUUUCUCGUGGCAGCUAUAGUUUAUAUUUAUGAAAUCAUGACUGCACUGAAAAUUUCAGCCCAAAAUUCAAAUAUUUAAACGGCGCUCAAGAAUUUUGAAUAUUAACUGAUAAUAUGUAACUAAUACUUUGACUUAGUUUUUGUAUUUUUUUAUAACUCAAUUACUGUCAUUUCACUUAAAUAUAACUUUUGCAUAACCGAAAAUAUACAGGACAGUCUUAAACAAUAAAAUUGGGUAAGUUUUGAAUAAGCAAAAAAACCUAAAAAUUGAAUUAGAAAAUAAAAAAGUAUGUCAAUAACUUAUUAUUUAUAUAUCUCGAGUUGUAUUUUUAUUCAUUAUGAUACAAAUUGAUAGUGAAAAAAUUGAGAAGCAUUAUUAUUAAUAUUCAAGGGUCGCUCGAAAGCAUCCAAGAGACAGUACUCGGAAACAUUAAAAAUUCUUGAGCGACGUUUAAAUAUUUUAAUUUUGAGCUGAAAUUUGCAGGGUAGUCAUGAUUUCAUAAAUAUAAACUAUAGCUGCCACGAGAAAGAAGAAAUUUAGAACAAAAAAAUACGAAUUUCGAUCAUUUUUUAUGUCUUCAAAAUUCGUGAGCGACCUCUUGAAAAUUUUUUAUCGAGCUGAUUUUUGGAGAGGCUUCUUAAAACAUCUUGAAUCAACAAAUUUUCAUAAGAGACUCGAAAAAAAAAAAUAGUCGGUUUUUUUGGGCCACCCUAGUGUAUAUUUUGAGAUACACCCGUUCGGCAUCAGUAACGCGAUUUAUUUUUAAUUAAAUAAUUCGAAAAAUUGUAGAGAAUUUUUUUUGAACUAAUAGUAUAAUUUUUUUGUUAUAGCUUUUUCGGUCUAAAAUUAAAGAAAUAUGAUAUUUCCUAUACAUUUUCUAAGAUAAAGUAGCGAAUAGAUGAAAAAAAAAAAUUAACCAUUUAACCGGUUAAACCCUCAGCUAAUUAGCCUAGCUAAUUUAAGUUAACCGGUUAAGCCUUUGGCUACUUAGCCAAGCUAAUUAAGUUAACCGGUUAAAUUAGCUAAGCUGACCAGCUAACCAGCUAAUUAACCUGGUUAACUUUUUUAACCGGUUAAGCCGGCUUAGAUGUGCAGCCCUAAUAAAAAUGAAUUUAAAUAAAUAGUAUCUUAUAUAAUAAACAAGCUAAGAAUUUUAAGAUAAGAUCAUAAGUGCAAAAUAAUUAUUUGAAGCUAAUUACCCGGGUCAAAAAAUUAAAUCAGUUUUGAAAUGAAUGAUAUAUUCAAAUAAUUUUUCUUCAAUUUAAGUAACCGUAUUAAAAUUUUAUUAAUUAUUUAAAAAAACAUUAAAACCUUAACUGAUAAAAGGACAACAUAGUCGCAAUUUUGUUGAGAUACAGAAUUUAAAACAAAUUAUAUACAACUGUUCAAAAUUUACUAUAAACUUGACUUCAAACUUGAACAACUUUUGAGCAGAUGGAUUUAUCAAAAAAUCAUGUCCUUUUUUGUAGAGUGUUAAAUUUCCUACAAAAAUGUAUCCUAGGAUUAUUCGUACAAUAAGCCAUUACCGAGGUAUAAAAUUCUGAACUUGAAAAAUUUUUAUUCCCAUGUUAUUUAAAUGGGAAAUAUAAAAUCGCAAUCAGGGAGUACUUAAUAUUAAUUUUAAGGGCUCAAAUUUUAACUGGCGUUAUCUUUUAUCCUACUGAAACUUUUGAGUGUGUCCUUGAAAAAAAAAAAUAGUCGAUUUUUUUGAAUCGGUCUAGUAAACUACCUUCCAGUUUAUGGUAAAUAUAUUCCAAAAACAGAAUUAAUGAAAAAAAAAGUUGGUUAUACUGUUUGUCUAUGAAAUUUUCUAUCUGUAAACAUAUUAACUACUACCUAAUGAAAUAUAUGAUUAAUUAAUUUGAUGAUUGGUGAAAAAUUUUUUUACUAGAUGUAUGAUCUGUAGAAUCAAAAUUUUUCCAAUAUUUGGAAUCUAAAUUAUUCAAUAAUAACUAAUAGUUGAUAAGAACUAUUAGGGGAGUGUGGGGUCGGUCACCUAAGAAAUAAGCCUUCAAAAUUUUUCGAAUUAUCCUCAUUAGAUUAUAAAACGGACGUUAUCUUAUUCUAUGGAAUCUAGAGAACCAGACACAUACUUAAAAAUGAAAGUAUAAAAGUAAAUAGAAAUAUUUGAUGAAUUAAAAAAAUGGUAAGUUUUGACAGGGUCGCCCCGGUCAUUUGGCGGGUCAUCCCGGUCACUGUUAAUUUCAAAUAAAAAAUUAAGAAUCUAAAAUCGUAUUGCUGAAAUUUCAUCAAAUUAAAAUUUUAUUUGGUCAACUGAAACUUAAGAAGUAAAGAAAAAAAUAUAAAAUUAAUAAUUAACAACAUUUCACUUUUUUUUCCGUUUUCCGGACUCGCUUAUGAGGCAUCUAUAAUUUAUUUAUUUGUUCAUUAAUAUUGUAACAAAAUUGUUACGAUGUUGUAGAAGAAAAUGCCCCUGAUGAACAAAAAAAUUUUUAGCUUAAAUUUUAAAGAAGCUUACUUUAAUUAAUUAAUUGCUUAUUAAAUAAGAUAUCGGUUAAUAUUUUUAUUAAACAAACACACGAAUUGUCAGUCGAAAAAACAAGUGAAUGAAUUGACCGUUGUGACCCCAUAACUUUGAUCGGUACGACCCCAACUAAUUUUUGAGAAAAUAAACUGAAUUUAAAAAAAAAGGAUUGAAAAUUAUACUUUUAUAAAAAUUAAAAUGGAUUAAGAAAUGUCUGUAGAUUAUAUGCAUAUCAAUUAUAAACUCUUUUCUUCUUGUAAAAUAUAUAAAAAAAACCUUA